AUGGAAAACGAGAUAUCCACCCAGCAGUCCCGCGAUGGCUCCGUGCCUACGUCGCCCAACCCAGAGAUCAAGAAAAGCUGGGUGUGGAAGUAUUUCUUGCACGAUCCCGCCGGCUCCAACACCGUCACUUGUCAAGUUGCAGGUGUAUCUGGUCGCGUUUGCGGCGCAAAGUUUGCCUAUACUCACAAGCACGGUACCUCCGGUCUUGCCCGUCACUUGACCUCAAAGUAUCGCCUUACGAGCAGCGGUACCAGUCAGCCUGGGUCGAUCACUGGUUACCUCACCAAACCCCGCCCUCCGUUGUCCCUCACCCGUGACACUCUGAAGUCUGCUAUGGUGCAGCUGGUUGCCCGACGAGCCCUGCCAUACGCUGUUGUCGAGUAUCCCGAGUUCCGCCAUCUUUUGAUGCUUUGUAAUCCAGAGGUAGCGACAAUGUGGACUGGUGCUGACGCCAUCCAUGGAGCCACGUUGAACACGUUUCUUGAAGGUAUUAUAUUCUGGUUCCACGCACAGAGAGACCUGAUCUAA